UCACAUUUUAUUAUUUUCUCUUUUUAUUCACAAACAAAGCUUUGUCUGAGUGAAGUGUUGAAAGUUCGAGAGAAGAACAAAGAAAAAAUGGCCUCCACUGCAUGCUUCUUGCACCACCAUGCACUCUCUACUCCCACUAGAUCAUCAUCGUCUCAGCGCCACGUGUCAAACAUCAAGCCUACCCAGCUGGUUUGCCGUGCACAGAAGCAAGGUGCUCAAGAAGAUGAUGGCAGUGUAGUAUCUCGCCGGUUGGCUCUCACUGUUCUCAUCGGUGCUGCAGCUGUUGGCUCCAAGGUUUCACCUGCUGAUGCUGCUUAUGGUGAAGCUGCCAAUGUGUUUGGCAAGCCAAAGAGCAACACUGACUUCUUGCCGUACAAUGGAGACGGAUUCAAGCUGUCAAUCCCCGCAAAAUGGAACCCAAGCAAAGAAGUAGAAUACCCUGGACAGGUUCUAAGAUAUGAAGACAACUUUGAUUCCACCACUAAUGUUGCUGUCAUGGUCACCCCAACUGAUAAGAAAUCCAUCACCGAUUACGGUUCCCCUGACGAAUUCCUCGCUAAGGUGGACUAUUUACUAGGAAAACAAGCCUACUUUGGCAAAACUGCUUCUGAGGGUGGUUUCGAAAACGAUGCCGUGGCGACAGCUAACAUAUUGGAGAGCUCAACCCCAGUGAUUGGUGGGAAACAAUACUACACAUUGUCAAUAUUGACAAGAACAGCUGAUGGAGAUGAAGGGGGGAAACAUCAGUUAAUUAUAGCCACUGUUAAAGAUGGCAAGCUUUACAUUUGCAAGGCACAAGCUGGAGACAAGAGGUGGUUUAAGGGUGCAAGAAAAUUCGUGGAGAGCGCCGCAAAUUCUUUCAGUGUUGCUUAAGACAUUAAUGAGUUUUUUCAUUAUCAUGUAAAUCAACUUAAUAUAUUAUGUUGUUUUCGAGUUGUAUUGUCCAUCUUCAUCCAAGGGUUUUGAGUUUCUAAUUGAGGGAUGUUGCAAAAAUCUUGUGGAUGCAUAUAAGGACCAUUAGUCCAUCUCUUAGAAUAUUUGCGGCAUCUAAUUCAUCAAACUCUAGAAUUUCAGCUGCCUUGUUUACAGACUGAAUUAUGGU